AUGGACUCGUUUUCUGGGCUGCGAUGGUCAAUAACCCUCGCUUCCUUCGUUCUUGUCGCAUUACAGUUAUGCCUCGCACAAGCACCCCCACAACCCGAAGAUAUCGGGACCAAGGGAACAUCCUUCCUCGAUCACGAGACUCCAAUCAGUCAAUUCUGGGGCAAGACAUUUUUGAGAGAGAACAUUCCUUUCAUUGACAUCCCAGACAAGACGAUUCAAGAUGUCUAUUACUAUCUGGGCUAUGCCCAGGCUCUGAAUACUAUCAACGCGGCUGCUGGUCAUCAGAUUGAUGAAGCAAGAUGGCUUCGGGGCAAGUUUUACGUGGAUGAUUACAUCCAGGCCUACACUCGUGGUCCAGGAAACACUACACAAUACACACAUUGGAUCCUGGAUGCUCUUUACAGGAGAUCCAAAGUGGAUGGUGACAAGCAGUUUGCCAUUAACCAACUAGCAGAUAUGGCUCGAUUAUGGGGUGAGUGGGACUAUACCUUCGAUACGAAUGCCGGCUUGUACUAUUUCACGCCAAAUUUUGAUGCCCAAGAAUACAGUCUUCCAGGGUUUGUUGUCGCUCCAACUGGCAAUGACAAACUGCAAUAUGAUGGUCCAGACACGUAUCGGCCGAGUCUCAACGCAUACAUGAUUGCGAAUGCAAGAGCAAUCGCCGCAAUUGGCAACUAUGCCGGCAACUCUGAAGUCGAAUCCAGUUUUACACUGAUUGGAUCCAAUCUGGAAGCAGCUAUGAACCGUCACCUUUGGUCUCCGGACCAAGAAUUUUACGUGGAUGUGAUCCGCCCAAACAACCCAGAUCUGAAGCCGAUAAGUGGAAGAGAAGAAGUCGGUCUCUACCCAUACCGCUUUGGUAUUGGGCUUGAGUCCAAUCACAGCAGAGCGGCUUUAGCUUUAUUCGAUCCACAAGGCUUUCAAGCUCCGUAUGGACCAACCACCCUGGAAAUAAGAAACCAAUACUAUACAGCUCAAAAACCGACAGGUUACUGCUGCUUUUGGCAGGGACAGUCAUGGCCAUAUUCAACGGCCCAUAUCCUCAAAUCUCUUGCUGCCAUAUACCGGAGUCCUAAUUCGCCUAUUACGGCUGACCAAUAUGUGCAGACUCUGAGCACAUAUGCCACAACACAGCAAAAGAAUGGAGUGCCUUAUGUUGCUGAGUCUCACUACCCUUUCGACAACUCUUGGUCGUCAGAUUCUUCUAAUCACUCGGAGCACUACGAUCACUCUACGAACAACGACGAUGUUAUCACUGGGCUUCUGGGCAUCGCCCCACAGUCCAACCAUAGCCUUUUGGUGUCUCCAAUAAUGCCUAAAGACUGGACAUUUUUCGCGAUCGAGAACUUUGCCUACCAUGGACAUUUAAUUACUGUGCUCUAUGAUGCUUAUGGUGAAAGAUACAAGUGUGGAAGCAGUUUCUGUGUAUUCUCGGAUGACAAACAGAUCGUUUCGAAGAAUCUGACCUCUCCCAUCCACGAGCUCAUCUCUUUGCGUACUACGCCAAUCGCCUCUGUAAUUCCAGUAAAUAUUGCUGCAAAUCCCAACGGACUCGGUUACUAUCCUAUGGCUAAUGCAUCAUAUACAUUUUACACGGAUAAUCCUUACAAAGCCAUUGAUGGCUACUUGUUCUACGAUGACAUCCCUGACAACCGUUGGACUAACUAUCAGUCAAAUUCCUUGAAUGAUACUCUCCAGGUCACUUUCGCUCGGCCACGAACCAUUUCUUCCGUCACGCUUGCUCUCUAUUCAGAUGUUGCUCGCGGUGGUGGUGUCGAUGUUCCUGCUGCCAUAGAGAUCUACGGUUCUAGUGGGUUGAUUGCAAAUCUAACAAAUUCAACCUUGCUCCCAAAUGAUCGCAAUACAUUUUCCUUCAAGGAAACCAAGACUAGCUACGUAGCUGUCAACUUGUUCAACCGUCCAAACAAGGCCGUCGGGGUCUGCGAGCUGGAAGUAUGGACUCCGCCUAUUUCAGGACCGACUUAUUAUGCGGUUGAUUCUCUCUUGACAAACGCAGCUGUUGUCAAAGAUGCCGCUGCAUCCAUUGGAGCUGUGGUCGGGCAAUUAGCUCCUGAAAGUGUGGUAGCAUUUUCCGGCAUAGAGUCUGGUGGUGGAAAAGCGAAAUUGGCCCUGAGUUAUUCCAACGUUGGCAGUACUGCUGUGAACAUAGAUGUGAAAGUUAAUCAGGUUCGUCGGGUUACAUUGAGUUUGGGUGGAACCAAAGGGACAUAUGACCUUGAAAUGAUAGAGGGCCUGGAUCUGGAAGCGGGGAUGAAUUUUGUUACUUUUCUUGGUGGAUCUUCUCAGUUGAGAAUUAAGUCGAUCGAAAUUGAGAAUUAA